AUGCUUUUUGCCGGUGGCGCUAAUCCGGAACUGGCGCGGCGCGUAGCAAAAAAGUUGCGGGUGGAACUGGGCAGAGCGGACGUGGGUCGGUUCAGUGAUGGCGAGGUCAUGGUCGAAAUUCAUGAGAACGUCCGCGGUCACGAUGUGUUCCUGUUGCAAUCAACAUGUGCGCCGACAAACGACAGCCUGAUGGAACUGCUGAUCAUGGCUGAUGCAAUCAAGCGUGCAUCUGCCACUCGGGUCACCGCGGUGAUUCCGUAUUUUGGCUACGCUCGACAGGAUCGUCGGCCGCGAUCGGCGAGAGUCUCGAUCAGUGCAAAAGUGGUUGCGGACAUGAUAGGUGCGGUGGGUGUGGAUCGAAUCCUGACCGUGGAUCUGCAUGCUGACCAGAUCCAGGGAUUUUUUAAUAUUGCAGUAGACAAUGUUUACGGUUCGCCAGUACUGGUCGACCAUGUCUCUGCGCAGGGAUACAGCAACCCGAUAGUGGUAUCGCCAGACGUUGGCGGUGUGGUUCGAGCCAGAGCCAUUGCGAAACAGAUUGACGAUCUGGAUCUGGCCAUUAUUGAUAAGCGGCGUCCACAGGCCAAUGAAUCGAAGGUCAUGAACGUUAUAGGUGACGUCCGGAGUAAAGUCUGCAUUCUGGUAGACGACAUUGUUGAUACGGCGGGAACGUUGUGCACCGCUGCCCAGGCGUUAAAAGAUGAAGGUGCGGCGCAGGUAGUGGCUUAUAUCACGCAUGCGGUUUUGUCCGGACCUGCAAUCGAGCGAAUUGCUGAUUCGCAGAUCGACCAGAUGGUGGUCACCGAUACCAUCCCGCUCAGUGAAGCGGCACGAGCGUGUCAGAAAAUCACGCAGUUGAGUUUAGAUAGCUUGCUGGCCGAAUCGAUUCGGCGGGUGAGUAAUGAAGAGUCUAUAUCAGCUAUGUUCAGAUAA